GGAUGGCAUUACAGAUGAACUGGCGCUAAUCAACAAACCGACUGAAACAAAUACUGGCGCGCUAAAGGUCUACAAACAUGGGUACAAUUUGUCGAAAGUUGUAUGGCGAACCCUGAAACUAGGGUAGUCAUACUCAGGUCACUGGCCUGAGCGACAUAAACAAACAUCCCGAGGGUGUCCUUGCCCUUAUCGGCAAACCCGAAGGUACCGCUUUCGGCUCGAGAAAGCCGGGUUGAAGGCGCGUGACAGCUGACAGCCCUACUUCCUCAGCGCAUUUACAGUCAGCGGAAUGGGUUCGAGCUUGGCUAUUCGCUCGUCCAUGUUCCUGUUGACGACGCACUUCUGCAAAUCGGCAGCCAAACUGGCGCCUCGGUUUUGGGUCCAGCUACCGCGGUGGCCAAAUGACAUUUAGUGUGAAGCAGCGCCACUGACAAUCGGCAGCAACCGCAGUUCCAAAUUUGCGCGAAAAUGAAGACACUUCUCGUCGUAUUGCUUUUCGCAUCAGCAGCGGCGCUCGUUGUUUCGUCCGAUCCGCUCGAUAUUUGCAGAAAGCGUGCGCCAGAAAUUGCCUCCGCCAUGAGGUGCAUUCGGUUGAAGACGACUGUUUCUUUUCGAACUCUGUUGCACAAGUUCCUGGUCAGGAUGCACUGCCACGAUGAUGUGUGCCUCGUCCAAGCAUGGUGCCACAAGAACGACAAUGACUUCAAAGGACAAGCGUUUAAGAGCAUGCCGUACAAAUACUUCCUGGAGUUCUUCAACGCUGCCAAGAAGUGCCAGAGCCGAAGGCACAUGACCGAGCGGUCCGUGAGCGGCGAGCUGUGGCGGCACUUUGUCAAGAUCGUCAGCGCCCUUCUUGUCUAAUUGCCGCGCGGAUUCCCUGUCACGAGAACGUGUCAGAAGAAGGAGGCCCCUGCUUUCAUUCCUGUUGAUGUUCCUCCUUCUAUGUUCCUGCAGAUGCCGGCUGAAGGUUACACUCAAGUUGAACGACAGGGGUAAUAAGAAAAUAAAGUCAUUUGUACAA